AUGAUGGACGAAGAUGGUAACCAGCCGGGUGGCGACGAGACUCAGAGCAGGCUCGGCGUGACUCUGCUGUCUGUCCUGGGUUACCUCUCCCAAGCACUCGACGUUCUGAAACUGGCGAAUCAGAGCGAAACACGUAAGUCCCUGCUGGGGAUGCUCGUGGAGGCCACACGAUUUUUGCUAGACGAUCAACAGCGGGUGGAGGGAGGCAGGAAGGGAUACGCCGGUGCUGAUCGGACGAGGGUUUCGGUGGGCGGAGGCCGUACGGUGGAGGCCUGGAGACUUCCGUACCGUAUGCUUCUCAAGUUAACGGAUCCGCAGCAUGGCAAGCCGCUUGACACAGCCGCUUGUAUCCUCUUGGCCAUUGGCCCGCACAUCCUCAUGACGCACGCUGACGUCACCGCCACCAGCAGCAACAGCUCGAAAGCUCCGAGCCUGGUUUCCCCCUCGCUGCUGCGGUCCCGCGCCCUCGAUUUUGUCACAUCCGAUAUUCUCACGAAAGCGCCAAAGGAGAGUGUCCCCGCGGUUGAGUCUCUGAUGCGUUACCUGUGCCUGCAUGCGCCAGAGAGAGCGGAAGGGAGGGCGGCGGCGGUGGAAGCAGUUAUGAAGGUGUACGAAACGGUGGGGAGGAAGGAGAGGGAGGGGUUUUUUCUGUUCGUGGGGAAGCUGGCGAGGGUUGAUAGGGCAGCCGCGAGGGUGGUGGCUCUGGAUCUAAGUGCUGCUCUGGUUGAACGGAUGGCAAUGACGUGGGGGAGAGGGGUAAGGGGGCAAGGGAGCAUGGGGUCGGGGGCUAUGGAAGAGGGUGGUGGGGGUGGGAGUCGUGAUGGGGAAGGGGGGGAUCCAGGGAUUGAGAAGGGGAGUGGGGAGGCAGCCAGUGGGGAAAGGGGGACUGAGUCUGGGAGGGAGGGGGGAGAUGGAGAGGGCGACAAGGGGGAUGAAGUGAGUCUGAGUCAGGGGUCAGCUUCGGAAGGAGAUGCUCACAGUGGCAGGGAGAGUGGAAAUGGCACGGGGGUUGGGAAUGACAGCAGAGAGUCUGGGGAUAGCAGCGGGAAUGGAAGCGUGAGAGACGUUCUGAUCAGCCGUGUUGGCGGCUGUUUGGAGCUCAUGUUUCCCGAGCCUGACGCAAGUAUUGGCCGUGGGUCCGGGCUGAGUGGGGAAUCGGAGCCUGGAGAAGCAUUGGGAGCUGGGACGGGUGGGUCGGUUCUGAGCGUUGAGGAGGUGUUGGGCAUGGUGAGGAGGCGUUUGGAGGACGAGAAGGGGCUCGUGCGCAAGGCGGCGGUGGGGGCUCUGGAGGAACUUGUUGGGCUGUCGAGGCUGCCGCUGAGAGAAGAACUGGUGGAUGCCAUUGGGGAGCUGUGCUCUGACUCGCUGCUGAGCGUCCGGAGGGUGGCUCUCAACGCGUUGUCAAAGUUGACCAUGUCAAACCCAGGCCACGUGUGGCUGCGCGCCAAGUGGCUGCAGUCCGCGCUCGUUCUCAUUCUCGACAACGAGGCCACUGUGCAGGACCAGGCGCUAGACCUCCUCUCCUCCCUGCUCCUCCAACCCCUCGGCCUCAUCUCCGCGUCUCCCCGCCCCUCUGCGGCUUCGAGGAUGAGUCUGUGCAAGGAUAGGCCGCUGCACGUGUGUGUGGGGAGGAGGGGGGUGCCUCCUGCCCCUGUGCUCUGUGAAGGGGAGGGAGUCUGUGAGGUGUGUGGGCGGGCCGCUGGGGGAGAGGGUGCUGGAGCAGCAGGAGGAGGAAACGCAGCAGCAGGAGAAGCAGGAGCACCAGUAGUCGCUGAAGGGUCAGUGCGAAGUGUAGUGGCGUGGCUGAUGGCGGUUGGGCAAGGGAGCUCGUCGGUGGUGCCGCUGCUGCACCGCGCAUGUGCGGUUCUGGCAAGGCGAAACGCGCUCCACGCGAGGCUCGUGGAAGGGCUGCAGGCGGUGAUUGAAGCAGCCGAGGGAUGGCAGAAUGCGCAGCAGCAACCACAGCAGCAGCAGCAGCAGCAGCCGAAUGGGAAGGGAAGUUCAGUAGGAAAGGCAGCAGGUGUGAAGGGGGGCAGUCCCAGCAGGGUGUGGAGGUGGGUGGUGAGGGGCGCGUGGCUGUUAAUGCUGGAAGUCACCUCCUUCUCGCCACAGGGGGUCAGAUGGGAGUUUCUGAUUUCCAGAUGGAGGGACGGCAGGAAGCAGCAGGAAGCUAGAGCUGCUCGUCCUGAGUCGGUCUCUGCCACACCUGCUCUUGAUCACGAUGCUGCUGAGAGUGCAACUCCAGGUUUUGGUUCCAGGGACUUGGGCGGACAGGAGAGAAGAGCAGGAGUUUUGCACGGGCAGGUAAAGGAGGCAGAAGUGCUGGACGGGCAGGAGAGGGAGGCGCAAGUGCAUGUGCUCAAGGCUCUCUGCAACGUUGCUGCACGGAUCCCAGGGGAGAAAGCUGCUGACGUGGCAGCAGGGUUGCUGCACAACCUGCGGAGCUUCCAGCUGUCCCCAGAAGAGGAGCUGCAGCGCAGCCCACUCCCGUCAGUGCGCAACAACCUGGUGGUCGAUCUCACGGACCUCUCUGAGCUGCAGCGCAGCCCACUCCCCUCAGUGCGCAACAACCUGGUCAUCAUUCUCACAGACCUCUGUGUGCGCCACACCGCCUUCGUCGACCCCCACGAGCUGCAACGAAGCCCACUCCCCUCAGUGCGCAACAACCUGGUCAUCAUUCUCACAGACCUCUGUGUGCGCCACACCGCCUUCGUCGACCCCCACGAGCUGCAACGAAGCCCACUCCCCUCAGUGCGCAACAACCUGGUCAUCAUUCUCACAGACCUCUGUGUGCGCUACACGGCCCUCGUGGACCCCCACGUGCCUUGCAUCUCUGCCUGCCUGCGCGACCCCUGCGAGCUCGUGAGGCGGCAGACGCUCGUGCUGCUGGCGGGGCUGCUGCAGCGGGACUAUGUCAAGUGGCGUGGAGCGCUGGUGCUGCGCGUGCUGCUGUGCAUUGUGGAUGAGUCGCAGGCGAUUAGGGAGGUGGCUCUUUAUCUCUUCACACACGUCGUUCCUCGGCUGCUGCAGAAGGACUAUGUGAAGAGGCGUGGGGCGCUGGUGCUGCGCGUGCUGCUGUGCAUUGUGGAUGAGAGCAGUGCCAUCAGGGACGUGGCCCUUCACAUCUUCACACAUGUUGUUCCCCGCCGUGUGCCCCUCGUGCCCUACAACACCUUCAUAGAAGCCCUCUUUGCUCUCAACGCCUGCCCCCUCGCCCCCUCCUCCACCACCACGGCUCUGCUCCUUCCUUAUUCACCCCUCUCCACCCCUUUCCACCCUUCUCCAUCUCUCCCCACCCAUCCACAGGCCGUGUGCCCCUCGUGCCCUACAACAUAUUCAUCGAAGCCUUUGUUGCACUCAAUGCAUGCCCCUUCGCCCCCUCUUCAACCACCAAUUUUCGGUCACAUCCCUAUUCACCCCUCUCCACCCUUUUCCAUCCCUUUCCCACCCCUUCCACCCCUCUCCACCUCUGUCCACCCCUCCACAGGCCGUGUGCCCCUCGUGCCAUACAACAUCUUCAUAGAAGCCCUCUUUGCUCUCAACGCCUGCCCCUUUGCCCCCUCCUCUACUACCACCGCCCCGCCUCUCCCCUCCUCCGGCCCUCGACCCUCCUCUUCCAGCCCUCCCAACCCUGCCUCAGCCAACCCUAGCUCGUCCAAUCCUGGCUCCUCCAAAGCUGCCCCCUGCGAUCCAUCGCAACCCAACUGCCCCAAUUCAAGUUCUCCCGUCGAGGGCAUCCAUGAGGGAGAUGGCUGGCCAGGGAAGAGAGGGGCGCGGAGUGGAAGGGGCGCAGGGGCAGAGAGGGAGGGCUUGGAUGAGGAUUUAGAGCGCUUCUCAUUGAGCGGCCCAUCUCGCCACGUGGCACGAACCACUGUGUACCGCACUCUACUCCGCCUCAUGGCUCGAGAGCACCAUCUCGCUCUCUCUGCCAAGCUCUGCCUACAGGUGCUCGCGCCCUUGCUAGACGGCGCCCUGCCGCUAUCCUGCCCCUCCGUGCAAGCCGUGGUAGGGGACGCCCUGGACGUUCUCGCGCCCUUACUAGACGGCGCCCUGCCUCUCUCCUGCCCUUCUGUGCAAGCCGUGGUGGGGGAUGCUUUGUUUGAAUCUGGGUGCAGCAUCCCUAUUCUCACACCACCUUAUCCUGCCUGCAAACCUUUCCCCUACCAACAGGUGCUCGCGCCCUUGCUAGACGGCGCCCUGCCGCUCUCCUGCCCCUCGGUGCAAGCCGUGGUAGGGGACGCCCUGGACGUGCUCUCAUGCAAGGAGAUGCGCCCAGGCUCGGGCAAGGCCGCAGGUGCGGAGGAGGACGGGGAGGAGGAGGCAGGAGGAAGCGCAGGCGGGGUUACAGGGGGAGGAGGUAGCAGUGGUGGCGGGAGGGCAGGAGGAGGAGCAGCAGGAGGAGGAGCUGGGGCGUUGGCGAAUGCUUUGAAGGGGCGGGUGGUUACUCAGCUGAUGAAGAAGAAUCUGGUCGAGAACACCAUUCCUGUUCUGAUCGAGCUCAAGAGGCUGCUGGAGGCUCGGAACAGCCCGCUGCAGGGGGCGCUGAUGGCGUGUCUGCGGUGCUUGUUCAAGGAGUAUAAGGAGGAGAUUGAGGACUUGCUAGCGGCGGAUCCGCAGCUGGGGAAAGAGCUUGUGUAUGACAUUCAGAAGCACGAGGCCGCACGGGCUAGAGCUGCUGCAGCUGCCAGGGCUGCCGGUAGUGAUUCUGCUGGUGGUGUUGGUGGUGGUGUUGCUGCUGGUGGUGCUGGUGGUGGUGGUGGUAGUAGUGGAGUGAGAGAGAGGAGGGGCGUGGGGCGUGGCAGGGGGGCACAGGAGGAGGAUGGGGAUGGAGUGGGGAAGGGGAGGGUUGGUGGUGGGGGGAGUAUGAGAUUUCAGGAGAGAUUGACGAGGGAAGGGGGAGAGGUUGGUGGAAGGGGUUGUGAGAGUGAGGUGGAGAGGGUGAGAGAAACAGAGGAGGGUGAGAGUGAGGAGGCGGGCUUGUGUGGGAAGGAUGGAGAGGGAAGGGGUCGGGGAAAGAAGAAGGGGGGUGUCAUGAAGGAGAACGAUCAGUGUGCAGCAGUGGAGAAAGGAAGGGUUGGAAAGGGUAGGAAGGGAGAAGCAGCAGAUGGGAAUCAGCAAGGCGCGGAAGGAAGAUGGAAGGGAGGAUCUGAGACCGAAUCCGCAGCCAGAGAAGGCAGGGGGAAGGGGUACAGAGGGGUGGUGCAAGGUGACGAGGGGCAGGGGAAGGGAGUGAGAAGGAGCAUGGGGGAGGAUUUGCCACCACGACGAGCCACCCGGCAGUCAGCAAGAGUCAAGCGAUAG